AUGGAAUUUGCUGAAAGUAGUGGAAAAGCUAAAAGUAAUUUAUCUGUGAAAUGCCAUUGUCAAAAAUAUUCUAUAGAACAAAUUAUUAACUUACACAAAAAUAGAACUAUAAAUUCAUUGGAUGGAGGAAUUAUUAAUCUAAAAGUUGAUGAAAAUAAAAUUAUUGGGCAAGGUGAUUUUGGAUCUGUAAGUAGUUUUUGUUUGUUAUUUUACUUUAUUUUAAGGUCUUUCACGCAUAUUGGCAUGAGGGAGGAGUGUGUUUGGCUCUGA